AUGUCAGAUGAUGAGAUUAAGCAGUUGUGCUUAAUGGAUAUAGACAAGAUCUUACAUUCCUAUGAUAAAACCUUGAAAGACUAUCCUUCUAUGCCUUUAGCAACUGAAGUUGAUAGUUCUUUGUUAACCGAAAGGGUUAUCAGGGAAGAGCUAAACUUUAACAGGGAUGAUUUAAAGAAAAAUGCCUCAAACAUGUUAGCCAUCGCAACACCUGAGCAGAAAUAUGCAUUCGAUAAAAUUGUUACAGCUAUAUAUUGUGAUGAAGGGGGUUUUUUCUUUGUGUAUGGUGAUGGGAGUACUGGAAAAACAUUUCUCUAG